UAAGUCAGGCAGGAGGGCGCACCUGCUUUACUAUAUUUUUAUUAUUUAAAACCCAUCAUCAUAAACCUGGUAGUUGGAACUUUGACUCAGGGAAACCGCUGAGAGAGGACACCUUUGCGCGCAGAGAUGAGGAUCGUGCGUCUUUUUGCGCGCCGCUGCUGUGGCACGCGGCGUCUCUCCGCGCGCUGAAGAUGUCGAGGAAGACCAAAAACAGUUGGAGGAGUUUUGGUUUGUGGAAGCCUUGUUUGGUCGGAGGGAGAUUUGUGACACUUUUAUCCUCUCCGGGUUGUGGUUGCCUAGAGAUGGACCGGCACGUUAAACGCGCGUGUUAAUGGAUGGACGGAGUGUUCCGCAGAUUGUCGGUUGGAUCGAAGCGCCUCCGCGCACUUGAAAGAGUUGCAACCUAAAUCUCGUCGGCUCUGAUGGGACUCCGGCACUCGUCGCGGUGUUUGCUGCUUCGGCGGAAGAUGGCGGAGGCGGACAGCUCGGAGAGGCAACAGCCUGUCAUGUCUGCCCUUUCCCAGUCGGCUCAGCCUCCCUCCAUGCCUAAACCAGUGCCUACUACCCACCACGUGCCCUGUAUCCCCCACACACCUCAUGUAGGGGCUCUGGCCACCUGUCCCGGCCGAGGCAAGAUUGCCAAAUUCCUCAGCCCCGAGGAGAUGACGUCACGGGACUACUACUUUGACUCCUAUGCUCACUUUGGCAUCCAUGAGGAGAUGUUGAAGGAUGAGGUGCGGACGCUGACGUACCGGAACGCCAUGUACCACAACAAGCACGUGUUCAAGGAUAAAAUCGUCCUGGAUGUUGGCAGCGGUACAGGCAUCCUCUCCAUGUUCGCGGCCAACGCUGGUGCCAAACACGUGUACGGGAUUGAAUGUUCGAGUAUAUCCGAAUACUCGGAGAAGAUCAUCAAGUCAAAUCACCUGCACAACGUCAUCACCAUCUUCAAGGGGAAAGUGGAAGAGGUGGAGCUUCCCGUGGAGAAGGUGGACAUCAUCAUCUCGGAGUGGAUGGGCUACUGUCUCUUCUACGAGUCCAUGCUCAACACCGUCAUCUUUGCCAGGGACAAGUGGCUGAAACCUGGAGGCCUGAUGUUUCCUGACAGAGCUGCGCUCUACGUGGUCGCCAUCGAAGACCGGCAGUACAAAGACUUUAAGAUCCAUUGGUGGGAGAACGUGUACGGCUUCGACAUGAGCUGCAUUCGCAACAUUGCCAUCAAAGAGCCUCUGGUGGACGUGGUCGACCCCAAGCAGGUGGUGACUAACUCCUGCCUCCUUAAGGAGGUGGACAUCUACACUGUGAAGCCAGAAGACCUGUCCUUUACCUCAGCCUUCUGUCUACAGAUCCAGCGCAACGAUUACGUCCACGCAUUAGUCACUUAUUUCAACAUAGAGUUCACCAAAUGUCACAAAAAGACCGGCUUCUCCACAGCUCCAGAUGCUCCCAGCACACACUGGAAGCAGACUGUGUUUUAUUUGGAGGACUACUUGACAGUCAAAAAAGGAGAGGAGAUAUUUGGUAGCCUGUCUGUCAGGCCCAAUGAGAAGAACGUGCGUGACCUUGAGUUCACAUUGGAGCUGGACUUUAAAGGACAACUAUGUGAAGCUGCCAUUUCCCAUGAUUAUAAAAUGCGCUGAAAGCAAACGAAAAGCCAAGGAGCGACCCGACUCUGUGCAAUCGCCCCCUUGAGAAAUGACAGAUAAAUAAAAAAGAUGGGUGAGGGGGUUUGAGUGAGCACUCUCAUGAUGCAUUUCCUUAAUGUUACAAGACAGAUAGUAAUUUGACCACGAUGGAUUUACAAGUGCAUCUCAACAAUUUGCAAAACUAUCAAAAAACGUUUGUUUCAAUUGUUUAAUUUAACAAUUAAAACUCUUAUAUUUAUGUUGUGUUGUUACAGGUAGACAAUUGACUUUCAAAGAACUGUCUGCAGACAACAUGGCGCCUGAUAUCGUCAGCCGGAAGUAGAAAUGAAACAACUAUUCAACCCCUAUCCUAAAAACUAUUUUUAAUUAUUUAAGUUAAAAAAAAAAGUUUUUAAUAAAGCUUAAAACAGGUGCUUAAACACAGAGCUGUUCGGCUUUCCGGUUAAAAUAGAGUUUUUUCAAGCGAAAUCGGGGACUUCCGGUUUCGAUCGUUGACUUCCGGUUUUGGACAUUGAUGCCUACAGCUAAGUCCUCUUAAACUUCACCCCCCAAAAGUCAGUAUUCUUUUUGUUUUGCAUCUAUUCCUGCCUUCUUUGCUUUAUUAAUCAGUUUUAAAGAUAUUUAAUUUUCUAUAAAUGUAAAUUAAAAUUAACAAAACACCAGCAAUAUCUAUCAGUUUGACUAUUUUUUAUUUUAAUCUAAAUUACUGGGUAAAUAAGCAUUUUGAGAAUUUUCUAACACAUUGAAAUGCACUUGUAAGAAAACUAAACAUAUCACUUAAAAAAAAUAACUUUUAGGCAGGUUAAAGUGUAUGGAACCUUGAAUAUUGUCUGGAUGGUUUAGUGCUAUUCUAUUUAGCAGAUCAAUGGAGUGAAUGAUGUGAUCAGAACAAGCCAGUAUCUUCUCAGCAAUAGCGCCAUCAAAUGAUGGACCGGUGCACAUCCUCUGAAUGUAAUGUCCUACACGAACUUGAUCUUUCUUCUGUGGAAAUUGUCAAUUUAUUUGGAAUAUGAAAAUAAGAGCAUUUUUGCUGUUACAAUAUCAUUGCAACACAUAAAAAAAAAAAAAAA